AUGCCAUCAUAUCAAUUAAGUACUAUAGUUUUUAUAGUGUUACAAUUGGUUAGCAUCUUUCUUUUGGGUGUUCUUGUCUUUGCUUUAUUAACUUCAUCACCUCAAUUUACGCAUUCGACGUUACUUCAAUUAUUCAUAUCUGCAUUAUUUUUUGAUUCAAUUGGGAUAUUGCCUAUAUUGAUGUUCGGUGAUGAUUUAAGCACUGUAGGAAUCCAUUCGUUAUUAUAUGCAAAUAUCGAUAACUUUGGUACCACAGUAUCUUUGUAUAUGUGCAUACCUAAAUUUAACGAUAGAACGUACUAUGGAUAUGUGAUACCUAAUCUGGUUCUAACUGGGCUCUCAAUGCCUAUGUCAUGUCACUCUGGUUUUAUUUUAUGGAGGCGAUGGAAAACUUUUUCUUACCAUCAAACCAGAUCCACGGCGAUAAAACUAGGUCACUCUGUUCGUUUAUGCGUCUUUAGCUCUAUUAGCACUGUCUUUCUUCUAGCCACACUUAUCCCACGGAUAAUGAUAUAUCAUCAAGCCAGUCCUGUAUCACAAUAUAUAUUGGCAUUCUCUACUGCAUUACUCGGUGUACUUUUAUUUCUUGUUCUUGGCUCAAACCGUAAGGCAGCCAUAUUCCUUCCAUGCUGUUACUACAAUCCUCCUACACUUCCAACACAAAUAUUAUCUAGUAGUCCUAAUUAUUCAGAGCAAAACGAUCACGAACUCCGAGCAUUUGCUUCGGUUACAGUAAAUUUUCCAGAGAAUUCUUAUAAGACUGAUACUAUAUGA